AUGUUCAGUUCAAGCUCUCAUCACAGUACCAGCGGCAGUGGAUCUCACGCAUCAUCAGGUGGUCAUCGAUCCUCAAAUUUAAAUGCAACUCGUGUGCAGAGUAGGUCGCGAACCAGCGAUGACCCUCAUAUUGGCAAAUACAAAUUGCUCAAAACAAUUGGCAAAGGAAAUUUUGCUAAGGUGAAACUUGCGAAACACAUUCCUACGGGUAUUGAAGUGGCGAUUAAGAUUAUUGAUAAAACUGCACUAAAUCCAAGCAGCCUUCAUAAGUUAUUCCGAGAAGUAAAGAUAAUGAAGCAGCUGGAUCAUCCAAAUAUCGUGAAAUUGUACCAAGUGAUGGAAACUGAAAACACAUUAUACCUGGUCAUGGAAUAUGCAAGUGGUGGUGAGGUUUUCGAUUACUUGGUGGCCCACGGCAGGAUGAAAGAGAAAGAAGCACGUGCGAAAUUCCGUCAGAUUGUUUCAGCAGUGCAGUAUCUCCAUCAGAAGAGUAUCAUUCACAGGGAUUUGAAGGCGGAAAAUUUGUUGCUCGAUUCCGAUAUGAAUAUCAAAAUAGCCGAUUUUGGCUUUAGCAAUCAGUUUGUCAUAGGUACGGGUUUUUUUUUGCUCUUACAGUGUACAGAAAAAAAAAAGAAGUUUGAGGCAUAA